AUGGUCUUAUUUGUUACUGUUGCUUCAAAGGGGAGUGAAACGGAAGAAAAGGUUUCAAAGUUAUAAGGUUAAAGGUAUUUUACGAGAAGAACAUAAUCAGAAAACUCUUUCAGUGGAAAAUACACGUCAUUAUUUGUCACCAUCAUUAUUACCUGGUCCUAAGUCAUCAUCAUUACAACUGCUAUUAUCAUUAUUACCGUCGUCAUUAAUACACUAAACUCCUCGUUGAGUGAGUCAUUAUCUUCCAUUGAUUAGUUGCUAUGUAAGGGAAACGUUGACAAAUGUCAGUGUUGGGCAAUAUCAAAGAAAAACGUAUAAUUAACUUUCAUUCAUGUUACACCAUAAGUGGAUCAUGCGCAAGAGUAUACGGAAGACCUGAGUGUGUGUCCAGCACGCGGGUUGCGCAUGUCACGUUCAAUGACUCCGGAGAAGGGCUUUUGUCUAUUACGUCACGAGAAAACCGUGAUGGAACUCUUCAAGAUAAGUGGAGUCAUUCCUCUACUUUUUGCUGAGUUUCUAAAAGUCUCAAAAGAAAGUUAUUCUUAAGACAGGCAGGAAAAUUUCACAGUAAGGUACUUUCAUGAGGAACCAUAAAUUAGCGACUUCCUAGAAGGAUUCUUUCAAGACUUCUGUUCCAAUCAUUCCAAACAGAUAGCAAUCAACUGGCAAAAAUCGCCUAAACUAACAUUUCUUUUAUGACUUCAUUUCGGGGCUGUGAACACGCCCAUCUCAGCAUCAUUCACAUCCAGCUGUUGCCAUCCAAAGGUCAUCUUCGUCGGAGUGGAUCUUGUUGGAAACAUGGGAACUUGCUCUGUAAGCCUCUUCCCCGACAUCGUAUCAUUUAGAGUCAAUGCAAACACCUCCGAAGUGACUCUUUACCCAGGAGAAACCAUAAAGGUACCUUUCACACUCGUCAACCUUGGCUCCGAAGGGUCCUUUUUAUUUCAAGUGACCAAGACUUCCUCGCUCAUAAGUUACGUCAUCCCCUUCAGCCUCGCUCUGAAUAAAAACGCAAAUACCACCGGUCACAUGGUUAUUGCUUCGCGUGGUAACACCAGCGAGGUAAAGACAAUAAGCGUGAGGGCUGUUGCACAGUCAGAUAUUGUGAAUGUUAAAGAGGUGAAACUAUUUGAUGUUAAGGUUUUUGUCACACCAUGGGGACAACGAAUAACAAGUACACCUGGAACAUCAACGGCAGCGCUCGAAUACAUCCAGUUACAGGCAAAUGUUCCCACUCAAAAAUUGUCUUUGAAAACUGGAGAAAUUUUAAAGCUUAACUUUACAGUUAUGAAUUUGGCAGCGGCUGAAACCUUCACCUUCAAUGUAAGUAUAUAAUAAUUUGUAAUAAAUAACAAUUAGUCAAAGACAACUUUAAAAUCACGUGUGACAAUUGCAGGGAAACAUGAACUACAAUGCCUUGACCAAAGACUUCCUUUCCCUCCAUAGAAGCACUACUUGUCUGUUAGCCGUUAAUCAGCAACAGCUGUACUAGGUGAACAUAUCAUUUAAAGCUUGUCCAAAGUUUUAAAAAUGAAUCCCACCACGAUUGCUCCUGUUUAAUCAAUCUGUGGCUUUCUACUUCCAGGUGCUGACACUGACAUCACAACCUCGUAUAAAUGGCAAUAUUGAACCGUCGCGAACAUUUAUGGAUCAUCAACAAAAUAAUUCCUUUCUAUUAAUCCUUUCAUCUGAGCCCAACACCUCUCUUAGCAUUGUCACGCAAGUCAAUGUCACGGCCACGCCUGCGUCACACAAUGCCGAAGUAAAAAAGUUAGUCGUUUUUUCGUUGACUGUGACAACCGACCAAAAGACUUUAUCAAAAAAUAAAGAAUCGGGGAAGAAGAGCCGAGAGAAAGAUGAUGAAAUGAAAAAUUGGCAAAUUCUUUUAAUUACGUUAGCGAUUCUAUUCAUUACCUUGAACGAUGUGAUUGUAAAUACGGAAACCUGA